AUGUGGGCCACUUUCUUGCUUCUAGAACCCGACUGUUCUGCAUGUAAACCGUUGAAGGCUCGAGCGCCGCCUCUCCGAAUCAACCUCGUCGCGACCCUCCGAGCCCACUCCUCCUACGUCUCCUCCCUCGCCCCGCUCUCCACCUCCCUCUACAGCGGCUCCUCCGACGGCUCCAUUGUCCUGUGGGAGUGGGACCCCCUCUCCUCCUCAGGCCCCACCACCACCACCACCAGCUCCGUCGCCGCCGCCGCAAAAAGCCCCGUGAAAGCGCUUCUGGUCGUCGGAGACCUCGUCUUCAGCGCCCACCACGACCACAAGAUCCGCGUCUGGCGCCGCGGCCGCCGCCGGCACGCGCUGCGCGCGGUGCUCCCGACGGCCAGGGACCGCGCGCUGAGCCUGCUGCUGCCCGCGAACUACGUGCGCGUGCGCCGCCACAAGAGCCGCACGUGGGUGCACCACGUGGACGCGGUGUCGGCGCUCGCCGCGUCGCGCGACGGGGCCCGCCUCUACUCCGCGUCGUGGGACCGCGCCCUCAAGGCCUGGCGCGCGCGCGGGAGCUUCCGCUGCGUGGCCUCCGUGGCGCGCGCCCACGACGACGCCAUCAACGCCGUCGCCGUCUCCCCCGACGGCCACAUCUACACCGCCUCCGCCGACGCCAAGAUCAAGGUCUGGCGGGAGCUCCCCGGCCGGCCGACGACGCUCGCGCUGGUCGCCACGCUCGACCGCCACCGCUCGGCCGUGAACGCGCUGGCGCUCAGCGACGACGGGUCCGUCUUGUACUCCGGCGCCUGCGACCGGUGCGUCGUGGUGUGGGAAGGGUUCGGCGCGGACAAGGCCCCGACCGGAGCGCUGCGGGGCCACGCGAGGCCCAUUCUGUGCCUGGCGGCCGCCGGCGAUUUGCUCUGCAGCGGGUCGGCGGAUCAGACGGUGCGAGUGUGGCGGAGGGCAGCGGAGGAGAAGGGCUGCCGCUACUCUUGUUUGGCCGUGCUGGAAGGUCACGUAGGAGGUAUCAAGAGCCUGGCCGUGGCGGGGGAAAGCGCUUCUGGGAACGGCACUGCUGCUGCUGCGGCUGCUGCUGCUGCUGCGGCUGCUGCGGCUAAUUCUUCUUACCUUGUUUACAGUGGGUGCAUGGACGGCGACAUAAAGGUUUGGAAGAUUUUUGUUCCUCUUCCGAAGGAAGAGCCCUGCUUAGAAGAAGAAGGACAGACGGACAAAAUCAAUCCGAACAUCCAAAAUGUAGGCUCAGUAGUGCAGCAGCUGAGUGUAACUUCUUAG